UAAGAUUAUGGAAGUCAAUGGUUUGGUUAGCCACAUUCUUCAGAAUAUCUUCUUUUAUGCUCAACAGAAGAAAGAAACUUGAGGGUGAGUAAAGGAUGACAUAAUUAAAAAAAAAAAUGUGAAUGAACAGCUCAUCCUGGAAAAUGGAGGAUUUCAACUCAAAUCAAUAUUUCAUAUCCAUGUAUUUAUUUAAGUAGCAGUGUUAUGAGAGGGAUCAUGUAGUCAGCUGGUCAUACAUGCCUUGGAGAUGAUACAGCAUUACUGUACAUAAUCCUUAGGCCUACUUACUUGAUGCUUCUGAGCAGGUUUAGAAAUUAACUGGGGCACAAGAAAAUAAUUUCACCAAUUCAGGCAUUCAAAAUGUGUGGUCCAAAAAUGCUCAUGUAGUGAAUUUCUUUGAAAUCCGUGACGAUGUGAAACACGUGUCUUGCACCAAAAUCACAACAUUGCUGUGGUGUUUUUAAUCUGCUACCGUUUAUACAGUAGUGAAUUGUAUAAUCUAACAUGGGGGCCAGUCAAUUAUUAUUUAAUUAUUAUCAAUAAAUGUGUUAAAUGUGUCCAAGCAGUGGUGUAUUUGAUUUUGAUUCAAUUUUUGAAUUUAUAUUUAUUUUGCGACCAUAAUGUUCCUGUUUGGAAAUUAUAUUUUAUUAUAUUAUUUUAAAUGUUUAACAUUACAUUAAAAUACUUAAAAUUUCAGUAUGAAUCUUGGUUAGUAAAAAAUGGAAUCUGCGCGCGCGCACGCGCACACACAGACAAUAACAUUUCACCGGCCAAUGAAGUCAUCAGGGUAAAGCCCCAGCUCAGCUAAACUCACCUACACAAUAUAUAUCCGGAGUGGGCAGCCGGUCAGCAAGUUUGCCCUCUUGUAGCGCUAAUGGACACCGCAAUCAUUAUCAGGCGACCGUACGUGCUAGUGUAAAGAUAAAACUACAUUUCCCAGCAUUCUCUGCUCCGCCAGCAAGUUUAUCCAAUGGUCAUUCGAUGCGCUCUUCUGGCAACCAAUCGGAUCGUAAUCUCUUAAUUCUAACGGUGAAAUACCAUGAAAAUCCCUUUUAUCAGCACUUAUUUAUUUAAUUUUCCACCUCCGGAUACACCACAGCAAUGUUGUGAUUUUGGUGCAAGACACGUGUUUCACAUCGUCACGGAUUUCAAGUUCUGAUAAGCUCAAGAUAAACGACAUGCUGUCAGGUGUCCGCUCGUUGUGUAAAGGCUGGUCGGCUCGCGGCAUGAGUUUAUCGCCGCGUCAGAUCAACCGAUGGCCGAGCUACGAGUCCUCCGAGCCUCCUACGGACUGUCCUCGAGUCCUCAUCACAGGUGGCUUGGGACAGCUUGGAGUUGGACUAGCUCAAAUGCUGAGGAAGCAGUAUGGAAAGGAAAACGUCAUCCUGUCGGACAUUAGGAGACCUCCCACUGAAGUUUAUAACAUGGGUCCAUUUGUAUAUGCUGAUGUGCUGGACUAUAAAAACCUGAGGGAGUUAGUUGUGAAUAACAGAAUCACCUGGCUGGUGCAUUACAGCGCAUUACUCAGUGCUAUCGGGGAAGCUAACGUGGCUCUUGCCCGCACCAUCAAUAUCACAGGUCUGCAUAAUGUGUUAGAUCUGGCUCUGGAGAACUGCUUGCGACUGUUUGUACCUAGUACCAUUGGAGCUUUUGGCCCUUCAUCUCCCCGUGAUCCAGCACCUGACCUCUGUAUCCAGAGACCCCGCACCAUUUAUGGGGUUUCCAAAGUCCAUGCAGAGCUGAUGGGGGAAUAUCUCCACCACAAAUAUGGCCUGGAUUUCCGAUGCUUGCGAUACCCAGGAGUUGUUUCUGCCCACACCAAGCCAGGAGGAGGCACUACUGAUUAUGCUGUCCAGAUAUUUCACGAUGCCCUCAGCUCCGGCCACCAUGAAUGUUACUUGCGCUCCAACACUCGGCUUCCCAUGAUGCACAUAUCUGACUGCCACAGGGCCACCAUUGAGUUUAUGCAGGCCCCUGAAAGCCAACUUUCCCUGCGCACUUACAACAUAGCAGCCAUGAGCUUCACACCUGAAGAAGUGGCGGAGGAGAUUCGCAAACACCUGCCCUACUUGAGGGUCACAUACAAUCCUGAUACCAUCCGGCAGACUAUCGCGGACAGCUGGCCAGUGAGGUUUGAUGACUCCAACGCACGUCAGGACUGGGGCUGGAAGCCUGCGUAUGGGCUGUCAGAGCUGGUCACAGACAUGCUGGCCUCCAUCCGUGAAAAAAAAAACAAUGCAGGACUACCUGUCAGCUAGCAGGUCUUCUCAGGGACUGAAACACAGAUCACCAGCAUCUUUCCAGUAUAUUCCAAACUCAUCGAUCUCAAAUUUGGUAGCUAUUUCUUUAGACCAGGACCUUCCGUCAGUUAGAGAACGGCUGAAGAGUUCUCUAAACAUGUAUGCUUGUGAAGAAAACAUGUAAACCAACAGUGAAAACCCACAUUCUCUCACCGCUCGGGAGACUCUGUCUUUUCUUCUCUGUGACCUGUUCUUACAUAGUUUUUAAUUUGUCAUGGGACAGGGAAAACAAGGAAACAACAAAAUGCUGAUGAAUACAGUGUAAUAAUAAUAAUAUCAUUGCCAGGGGCACCGUAAGUGGGGGUGGGGGGUUGGUUGUUGGGGAGGUUAGGAUGAUCCCAAGGUCCUGAUGAGGGAGAGGGGGCCCGGAACACGGUUUUUACCAAGGGGGACCCCACUCCCCGGAACGCGAUUGCAGAGGGGGCCUGAGACAACAAACUGUUCAGGGGGUUCAGAAACCAUAAUCAUUGCACACAUUAUAGAUAAAACUGUAAUUUAAUUAUUUUAGAAACACCAUGCACUGUAUUAAAAUAACAAGGUUGGCACCAAGAAAAAUUCUGGCUGGCCCAAACCUCCCCUUCAACACUUUCAGUGAUCUGAUGUUAUAACUAGGUGUUAUAACACUGCUUUCUAAUCCUAACCAAUCAUACCAUUCUCUUUGGCAGGGGCUGAAUUUUGACUCCAUAGAUGCUCCAUUUGUACAAAAACAAUAAGGAAGACUAGAGACCUCACUCUGUGCUCUAGACCAGCGGUUCUCAAUUCCAGUCCUCGCGACUGCACAUUUUGCAUGUCUCUCUUUGUUAACACACCUGAUUCAGAUAAUCAGCUUGUUAUUAGAGAGC